UCGCGUCACGGGGAGAAGGGGCUGCGGAGCGUGGGUCCUGAGGGCAUGAAGGUGUGGCUAGGAAGGGACGAGAGGCGCUGGGCUUUAAACUCACUUGCUAGGAAGCUUAUCCCCCAUCACCCAGGCCAUGAUGACAGCUUGCCUGGUGAAGCGAUGCACGUGCCUCCUGAGAGAAGCUGCCCGUCUGGCCCCUGCUGUGUCUCCGGUUGGCCAACUGAGACUUGCCAGGGUAGCCCAUAAGACUCUGACUUCCUCAGCCACCUCACCGAGUUCCCACUUCCCAAGUUCCUUGACGGAGCUGGUGGAAAAGGAACAAGUGUUUACUCCCUACCCAGAGCGCCAGGAGGUGGACGAUCUCAUCGAGAAAGCCACAAGGGCAGAUGAGCUCCUGGAGCUUUCUGGUGGUAGUCACAGCCUGCACCACAACCACGCAGCCCUAAUACUUAUCCAACUCUCUCGCCUGCUAUACGAGAAGCCAGAAGACAAGGCCUCACUCAUACAAGAUGCCCGCUUUCAGCAACUGCUCCAUCUGGUCAACAGUCAGAUAACCUUGGUUUGGCAUGGGACACUUGUGAAGCUGCUGCGGAGCCUGUAUGCACUGGAGCUCCCCAAGUCUUCCAAGGAACUGCGGUCGGUGGAGCAGGAGGUCCGCUGGCGCCUGCGGAGGCUCAAGUACAAGUACCUGGUCUUCCUGGUAGAGUCCUGUGUCACCUCCAUGCAGGAGGAGCACUCCCAGGAGCUGCUGGCUGAGCUGCUCAUGCACCUGGAGAGGCGCUGGACAGAAAUUGAAGAUGGCCGCACACUGGUGGCCAUCAUGGUGAAGGCCGGGCACCUGUCAGAGACGCUGAUGAACCGCCUGGAAGACAAGUGCCUGGAGCUGGUGGAGCAGUUUGGCCCCAAUGAGCUGCGGAAGGUGCUGGUGACGCUGGCAGCUCAGAGUCGACGGUCUGUGCCCUUGCUGCGGGCCAUCUCCUACCAUCUGGUACAGAAGCCCUUCCCUCUGACGAAAGGUGUACUCUUGGACCUGGCCUAUGCCUAUGGCAAACUCAGCUUUCACCAGACCCAAGUGUCUCAGCGCCUGGCCGCCGACCUGCUGUCCCUCGUGCCCAGCCUAACCCCCAGUGAGGUCGCCCGCUGCUCCAAGUCCUUCGCCUUCCUCAAGUACCUCAACCUACCCUUAUUUGAAGCCUUUGCCCAGCACAUCUUGAACAAGGCAAAGAACAUCACCCCGCCCCACCUGUGCAGCAUUCUCUUGGCUUUUGCACAUCUGAACUUCCAUCCAGAACAAGAGGAUCAGUUCUUCAGCCUGGUGCAUGAGAGGCUGGGGUCAGAGCUGGCACACCUGGAGCCCUCCCUUCAGGUGGACCUGGUGUGGGCUCUGUGUGUGCUGCAGCAGGCGCUGGAGGCAGAGCUGCAAGCCGUCCUGCAUCCCGAAUUUCACUCCCAGUUUCUAGGGGGCACAUCUCUGAAGGAUCAGAGCACCUUUCAGAAGCUGCUGCACAUCAACGCCACAGCUUGCCUGGAGCACUCUGAAUACACAGGCCCCCUUCUGCCGGCCUCGGCCCUGGUCCCCAGGCCCUCAGCCCUUGACAAGAAGGCGACUCCCCUGCAGAAGGACCUGCAGGAGACUCUGAAGGGGCUGCUGGGGAGCACUGACAGGGGCAGCCUCGAGGUGGCCACGCACUAUGGCUGGGUGCUGGAUGCUGAGGUGCUGCUGGACAAAGAUGGUCAGUUUCUGCCCCUGAGGGACUUUGUCGCCCCUCACCUUGCCCAGCCAGCUGGGAAUCAGCCGCUGCCUGUGGGGGCUAUGAGGCUGGCUUUCCUGCGGUGGGAGUUCCCCAACUUCAACAGCCGAAGCAAGGAUUUGCUGGGUCGCUUUGUACUGAUGCGGCGCCAUGUGGUGGCUGCAGGCUUCCUGGUGGUGGAUGUCCCGUACUACGAGUGGCUGGAACUCAAGUCUGAAUGGCAGAAAGGUGCCUACCUCAAGGACAAGAUGCGCAAAGCAGUGGCUGAGGAGCUGGCCAAGUGACCAGUCCCAUCAGCAUGGACUGCAUUCCUGGGGGCUCCUCUGCCAGGAGGUGCUGGGUGGGCAAAAGGUGUCACCCUUGCAGCCCAUCCUUCUUAGUGCAGGACCUUGGCCAGGGUGGGGGGAUGGCCAGCAGCUCUGAGGGACAGAUGGUCCUCUCAUGGGUAAUAAAUCUUUAAUUUUGAUGUUGACACCAGGAGACUUCCAGGCUUUGUCGCACACACACCCCUGCGCACCUGGGUGUGUGCUUCGGAGGGCAGGAAGUGACUACCCUGUGCGCUCCCCACCCCCAGCAGAACUUUGUCAGGGAGGCAAGGAGCCCAGCAGAGGAGGACUGACUGGCUUGAGGGACACAAGACCUAAGUCUGUCCCAGCUGCUUUCUGCUUCCCACAGGGGACCCUUCCCAUCAUCUGUGUGUGUCACACGUGCCAGCCUGUUGUCUAGGGCCCUCUGUCAGCCCUGGCAGACACACGGAGUCCUAGAACUGUGAACCUCCGGGGGAGCUUCCCAAGGAGGCCAGUUGGGUUUUCAGUGCAUGGCAGGGGUUGUGAUGGAGCUGUGGUCACUGAACCACGGUCCUAGGAGGCUUCCGCCCAUCCGUUGUUUCACACUUAGGUGAGUGGAAGGGACCCUGACAGCCUGUGGUGAUAGGUAGUGUGAGGGAUGGGCACCUGGGAAGUUCUGGCUCUGGGAGAGAACAGCUGCCUCAGCUGACACUGCAGGGCUAGGAGCCAGACUCUGCUGUUGUCACUACCACCUGGCCAGAUCCUGCUGCUGCUGUCAUUACCACCUAGCCGAAGUUGGCCCAGGGUUGAAAAGCAACAGGGUUUUGCCCUUCCAGUCUCAUCAGACUCCCGCUGGCAGAACUGAGGAAAGGGAGUCAGAACUGUGGGUUGCCUCCAACAAUGCGUGCAGGGGCGUGGGGGAAGCAGUUAGCAGCUGAGAACAAAGGAGACUAGUCUCGCCCCUCAGCGCUCCACCUGGAGCCAUUCCCCCAAAAAGAGCAAGUCUAGUCCCUGCUAUGCUUGCAGCCUGGCCACUCAGGCGUUAGGGUGGCUUCGUGCCAACAGCACAGGGAGCCGUAGGGCACAGGUGAGCAGAAUGCAGGUCACCAAAGGAGUGGUCCCUAACAGUUGGAGGGAGAGGGUGGAGGAGCAGCCAGAGUGGCUUUCUGAAGGUGGAGGAGGAGCAUUCCAAAGGGAAGUAACAGAUUGCAGGGACGAGGCCAGGGAGGGCCUGUGUGUAUGGUACUAAGGAAAUAAAAACUCGUCCUGUCCACCACUUGGGGCCACUGAGUUAUUUUGACAAUCUUGGUUUCCCAUGCAGUUGUGAGAAACAAUCCACUGAUUCCCUCAGCGGUAGAACUCGGGUGCAGGGUCACACCCCGACACUGAUAAGAACAGAAGUCAAGCUUGAGAACACCUCCAUUCCCACUAGGACCCCUCACCUUGCCCUUUAUACUCAACACCUCCCCCUUGUCCAUAACCACCGGUAACCAUGAGUCUUCACCUUUUCUGGUACUUUGUCAUUCUAAGAAUGUUACAAAGGAAAUCAAAGGAUGUGGACUUUGAGAAUUGGGUUUCUUCACUUGGCAGAAUUCUCUGAGAAUCUGAAUUCUCAUUCAAAUUGUGGGAUGCACCAGUAGUUCAUUCCUGUUCAGUGCGGUUGGACCUCUGCUGCUCUUUAUUCCAUGGUGUGGCUAUAACACUCACCUGUUUACCCACUUACCCAUUGGAAGGCAUCUGAGUUGUUUAAUUUUUUACUAUUACUAAUAAAGUGGCCAUAAAAUCUG